CAGGGGAGAAAGAAGGGCGUGUAGGUUUUGGCGAUAGAGAUCAGAUGCUGCUCCUGGCUAUGGUGGACCAUUCAUGGCUGCCAUUGCGCUCUUCCUGCGCUCUUGCCGCAGCUCCGCCCCCCGUCCUGCUGCCGAGCGCUUCGGAAGCUGGGCUGUCGAUGGAGCUCGGCACGUGCACACACUUGGUGUGUUGACAACUAGAGGCUGCAGCAAAGCUGCAUCGGAGCCUUGUCUUGAAUCCUCAGUGGUAUUCGUAAAAGGACUAGGGUCUGUUGGCUAUGGAGUUUGUGGAGUCCGUGGACUUAGAAAUGGAUUGCCCAAGGGGAUCGGGGAUGGGGGUUCGAAGUCGAAGAGUGAAGAAGUGCGGAGGUUUUUGUGUAGGGGUACUGCAAGUGCCGCGCUUGCAUGGGGAGGGAAAGGCGUGGGGAAUGGAGGCGUUGGGGCAGUGUCAGGGAAAAUUGGUGGAGUGUUGCAGGGGGGGAACGUUAAGGAGCCGUCGGUGGUUGCGAAAUCGCUCAGGUGUUACUAUGAGAUUUCCAAGUUCCGGUUGAGUACGUUGGUGGUAACCACGGCAGGGUUAGGGUUUGUGGUUGGAAGUGGGGAUGUGGUGGAUUGGGUGGGAUUCGCCUGGACGUCUGUUGGAACCAUGAUGGCUGCGUGCUCUGCGAACGCAUUCAACCAGAUUAUGGAAGUCGUGAAUGACUCGCGCAUGAAGAGGACCAUGCGCAGGCCGUUGCCCUCCGGGCGCAUGAGUUUGCCUCAUGCGGUGGCCUUCGCGGUGACCAUGGGGGUGGCUGGAGUCGCGACACUGGCGUACCAGACGAAUACAUUAACAGCUGAGCUUGGAGCUGCUAAUCUUUUGUUGUAUACUUUGGUUUACACACCUUUGAAGCAAAUUCACUGGAUCAACACGUGGGUUGGGGCAGUUGUUGGGGCCAUUCCUCCUCUCAUGGGUUGGGCCGCUGCCACAGGGCAAAUUGAUGCAGGGGGUUGGAUCUUAGGCGCAGCUUUAUAUUUUUGGCAGAUUCCUCAUUUUAUGGCCUUGGCAUUUCUUUGUCGUCAAGAUUACGCCGCUGGUAGAUACAAAAUGCUAUCUCUCGGAGACUUAUCCGGCCGUCGAACCGCUCGUGCGGCAUUACGCAAUUGUAUAUACCUCGCUCCACUGGGAUUUUUAGCGCAAGACUACAAUGUGGUUUCCAGUCAUUUUGGGAUACAGAAUUUGGUGCUCAGCGGUAUCUUUGGGGCUUCCGCAGCUUCAUUUUACUUUAAUCCGACCUCCGUUACAGCCCGCAAAAUGUUCCGAGUAAGUCUUCUGUAUUUACCAAUAUUCAUGGGUGCCAUGAUCUAUCAGCGCAUUCCGAACUCUAAUUUGAAGCGUCAGGAGUUGUCCGAGAAUGAUAGAGCUGUGAAGCAUCAGAAACAAUUGGUGUAUGCAGACCUGAAAGGUAUCGGGAAAGACAUGAAACAGCCAUGGUCGCUUAUGCCUCCCAUUGCUUCUCUCUCUGCUGCUCCUUUUCCCUUUCUUCCAGCUCCCGAGGAUAGGACUUUCCAACAGGCCUGACAACAUGUUUGAGACAUUGUGAACACACUCACUGCUAUGGGAUACACUCGCCAAAUCGAAGUUGAACCUCUACGCUUCUCUUGAUCAUCUGAUCUCUCAACACUACGACGAUUAGCAGUUAUACAUUUGCUCACGUAAGGGGAAUGUGACUGGACAGCAAGAGGUGGCGCUUGUGCGUGCGUCGAGGCAACCAUCCAAUAUAGUUUGUCAACUCUCGUUUCUCAAGUUAUUCUUCGUUUUCUUUUUCAAAAUCUAUCUAAGUUAUGUCUGCCAACCCUUGACCCGAUUGGUCCUCUGGUUCGGUGCUCGGGAAUUGAGGUUACUUGGAAGUUCAGCUUACCAGAAAUAGAAUAUUAGGUGUGCGCAAGGAUUAUCUUAGUUGUGAGACCACUGGAAGCUAGGCGUCAUGGAUAUCCUUUGAAGAAAGAUUGAUGGAGUGUUUUUAUCCAGGUAACGUCUAAAUUGCAGUAAGAUGCGAACUGCAGUACUUCUAGGUUUCUGGAGAGUUUUGCAAGUUUGAGGAGUGUUUACUGAAGCGCAUUUUGCAUCGACUUGUUCAAUACUGAUGCGUUGUUGAAUAAAAGCAGACAUAGUUUGCAAUAGCAUUUGUUGCCGUGUGGUAACGCCACAAGUUUUAGCAACAAAAUUUCACUCUU